GAAUUUAAAAUUAUUUAAUUCAUUUAAGGAGUCAUAAGCCAAACAAAUUUAUGGGCCGAAAAGUCCAAUAGAAAACCCAAGAAAACGACAUAGUUUGGUGCAAUCCCGCGUUGGCGAAAAAUUCAAAUAAGCAGAGAGAGAGAGAGAGAGAUUGUAUAGAAUAGAACGUAGAAGAAGAAGAAGAAGAAAUGAAGAAGAUGGGUUUGGGUAGUGAGGUUGAAGACGGUGAUCUUCAUCGUCUUCGCUCCGAUCUUUCUUCUCUUCUCCAUCAGAUUGAUGAGCUUGUCGUGCGUGCCAUUGAAGUCAAUAAUAAUAAUAAUGUGAAGAAGAAGAAGAAUGGCAUAAGCAAAGAUGACAAAACGCAAAUUGAAUCUUUCUCCCGAGUCCUUUCUGACAUGCUCUCUUCUUUGAAGUCGUGGGUCCCCAAAUUUCAAAUUGCACUUCACACGGAAGAAGAGACAGAUUCAUACGAUGAUGAAAGCAGAGCGUCUGAUAGUCCUGAAGAGACAACCUUAAGUUUGGUGUCUCCUUCACCGCUUGUGUCUUGGCGUGCCAAUUGCACUGUGAAGAGAGGUAGACAAAUGUUCAUGCUUACACCUCUUCCGUUAUCAUCCAAACACCACAAACAACCUAAUCCUCAGUUCCCUCCUUCCACAUUAGCCACUUCUUUCAUGGACAAUGUAGCAGUCAAACCAACCCCAAUUAAGCACCAACUGUCAAACAAUCAAGACAAGGGAUCCAUGCUUCUUGUCAUGACUCCCUGCCUGAAAAUGUCCCCUCCCAAAUCCUGCCUUUUGCUCGAACCUAUUUCCGAAAUGAAGCAUUUGGGUGAUCACCAGUUUCGCAAGGGCACUCCCUAUCCUGUUGGGAUGCGUUACAGCGACUCAGAAUCUUCUGGUGUUGAUGAUUCUUCGCCGGAUUUAUCCUUGAAGUAUCCGGAGCUCCUUGGGAUAUGCCGCGAUUCUAAGGCAGGAAUUGGAAACAAAACAGUGGAAGCAUCGCCGGAUUGGUUUACCUCACCUCCUAAAACAUGCGUCUUGAUGGAGCCACCUGAUGAUAAUAUUGAUGAUCGCUUGUGUGUACACGUAGCUGCCAACCUUCUAAAUCAACAAGUCGGCAAGUGUAAAGAUGGUGAUGGUGGUGAUGUUUGCAAAGAUCAUAGUAACCGAGAUAAUUUUGUUGGGAGCUUAGACCACGUAGAGAACACUCCCAUACCUGAAAGCUCAUUUCAAACUGGAAAACGACCUGGUGAAAAUACUCUGAAAAGGGAGUUAUGGACAAAGUUUGAGGCAGCGUCCGCUUGGGGGUGUCAACCUAAGUUACCAACAGAUCAAAAGAAUGCCCACAAAGGGUUUCUUGACCUACUGGAAGAAGCUUCCUGCGAUGAAUAGAUUAAAGAUAUGUGGUGCCAAGAUAUGAGCAAAAAUAUAAUCUCAUUAGAAAAUUUUGACUUGUAAAUGCUCCUUUAUGUUUGUAAGAUUUGUAGCAAAGAAUUCGUUCAUCAUGUACUUACGGGCAAUGCGUGCCAAAUGAGCAUUGUUAUUUUCUCUAUUAUGAAACUUCUCUGUAUCACUAUUCUAUGUAAUUUUAUUUAGUAUAAAAGAAUCAUUACAAAUUAAUUUAUGGAAAAGCUUAUUUUGUAUUAUUUUUUAAAACU